GCACGCCAGGGGUCCAAGCUGUGGGGCGGACGAUUUGUGGGUGCCAUCGACCCAGUGAUGGAACGCUUCAACUCAUCCGUGGCGUAUGACCAGCGGAUGUGGGACGCCGACCUGAGAGGCAGCAAGGCCUAUGUGAAGGCUCUACACAAGGCCGGUCUGGUCACUGGAGACGAAAUGGUCAGCAUUCUGCAAGGCCUGGAAAAGAUCAGUGAGGAGUGGAGCAAAGGUGUGUUUGCUUUAAAAGACGGUGAUGAGGACAUCCACACUGCCAAUGAACGCAGACUCAAGGAGUUGAUUGGCGUAGCUGCAGGGAAGCUGCACACCGGCAGGAGUAGGAACGACCAGGUGGUGACCGACAUGCGUCUGUGGCUGCGGGACGCCAUCGCCACGCUGACGGACAACGCCCUUCUCCUCAUUUCUGCCAUGGUGGAGCGCGCCGCGGCCGAAAUAGAUGUCCUGUUUCCUGGUUACACCCACAUGCAGCGAGCUCAGCCAAUCAGAUGGAGUCACUGGAUCCUGAGUCACGCCGUGGCAUUGCGGCGGGAUGUCGAGCGGCUACAGCAGAUCAGGAAGCGCGUCAACGUCUUACCUCUAGGCAGCGGCGCCCUCGCUGGAACGCCGUUUGCCAUUGACAGGGAGCUUCUAAGGACAGAGUUGUCAUUCGACGAGAUCAGUUUGAAUAGCAUGGACGCCACGGCGCAACGAGAUUUUGUCGCGGAGUUCCUGUUCUGGGCCUCGCUGUGUGCGACUCAUCUGAGCAAGAUGGCGGAGGACCUUCUGAUGUACAGCACCAAAGAGUUCUCUUUCAUCACGCUGUCCGACGCUUACAGCACAGGCAGCAGCUUGAUGCCCCAGAAGAAGAACGCUGACAGCCUGGAACUGAUCCGGAGCAAAGCGGGACGAAUCUUUGGCCGAUGCACAGGCUUCAUGAUGACCCUGAAGGGCCUUCCCAGCUCCUACAACAAAGACCUUCAGGAGGACAAGGAGGCCAUGUUUGACUGCUACGACACCAUCCUGCCCGUCCUUCAGGUCACUACAGGAGUCAUUUCCACGCUAAAGAUAAAUAACGACGCCAUGGAGGCUGCGCUCAGUCCUGACAUGCUGGCCACCGAUUUGGCCUACUACCUUGUGAGGAAAGGGGUGGCGUUCAGGGAUGCCCACGCACUGUCAGGUAAAGUAGUCUUUGCGGCUGAAUCCAAAAAUGUUGCCUUGAACCAGCUCACCUCAGAAGACCUCAAGGAAAUCAGCCCGCUGUUUGGAAGCGACGUGUCAUCGGUGUGGGACUACACGUCCAGCGUGGAACAGUACGCAGCGCCGGGUGGCACGGCCAAGAGCAGCGUGUCCGCUCAGAUACACCAACUGCGCGUAUGGAUGAAUCAACAAAAAGCGCAAGCAUAA